UGACGUUUCCUUAACCUUCAGUAGCAUGCGAACAGGGAUACAGUGUUUAAUUUGAAUUUCGGAAGAGAAGUGAAUAUCCCUAUUUCUAUUAGGCGAUGGCGACGGGUAGCGGAGGUUCCGCAUUCACGUCGGUGAGAGUCAAACAGGAGCCAAUGGAGACGAACGGCAUUGACGGAGUAAUUCAACGGCCGGGAAGGUUAACGACUUUUAAAGUUCCACGAGAUUUAACGUUGGGCGGCGCGGGACCGCUGCGGACUCAACGCGGAAAUGCCAACAAAAAAGUGUACACUCCGAAUUUGAACGUGACGCGGAACAAGAACCUAAAUGUGAAAACGUCCAAGGAUAGCACGUCCCGGGGACGCGGUAGAGGCGAGCGCGGCAAACUAUCAGACCGUGGAGGUCGCGGUCGAGGAGGCCGCGGCGGUCUGGUCCAAACCGCUGGUCUGUUCUCCGAAGGAGCUGGAGCUCUACAAAUGAAGAGGCAGUCGUCAGGUUCCUACAGAUCAGCAUCGUCAGACCGUGACGAUACAGCAGGACUGCGGCGACCUACUCUCAUCAAACGCGAGGGCAAAGUUGACACGUCGGCAGAAAAUCAGCAUCUCAGAGAUAUCGUGGGCGACAGUGAUGACGAGGACUUCAAGGACGAGAAGACUGAUCAGGAAUUCGUUCCAGUUAAGCUCAAUGAAGCGAAAUGGACCGUGCCCAAGCUUGAGCCCGACAUCACGAUCAAGAAAGAAAUUAAAACUGAGGAAGGUGAAAGUGAAGCCAUUACCGAUAAGUUUAGUUUUAUGAAGGUGAAGUCAGAAUUCAUAGCUCCAGAUAGGUACCCUGCUAGUUUAGAAGAAUUCUUCUCAAGGUCGCGAGCGCAACUAUUUUUAAUGCAGCUUCCAGACUCCAUGCCAUGCCAAGAAGCCGUCGCUUCAGACGAACCUUCAACAAGCAAGGAGAAAAGUGAUAGUACAGAAGAAAUGACAAAAACUAAUCCAUUAAAUAGUUUAGAAGAGGGACAAAUAGGCAAAAUAGUACGUUAUCGCUCGGGUAAAUUUAAGCUGAUUUUAGGUGAAACUAGUUUUGACUUAAGCUUAGGAACUGAAUCGGGAUUCUUACAGGAAGCAAUGUCUAUAUCCACAAAUAGAGAAGAACGUAGCGGUAAUAUGAUUAAUUUAGGCACAAUACAAGCUAAAAUCCAAGCCACCCCCGAUUGGGAUUUUCUAUUCAAAAACUGCUCAUAGCAAUUCGAAUUGAUUGUUAAUAUGUUAAUGUUUAUACGAUUAAAUUUUUGUAUUAAUUGUGUAAUAUAUAUAAUUUAAGAUGAACAAAGAUACUUUGUUUAAUUUUUGAAUAAGAACUAUUUAAAAUAUAUGGAGUAAUCUAACA